UCAGGGACAGCGUUUUGUUCCACAUUGGUUAGGGGAUGGCCCGAGGCUGCUGGAGAUCAUCACAGGAACUCAGCCAGCUGUUUGGUUCCGGUUACAUGGAGACACAUUAUGAAGAGGAUGGUACUCGAGUGACAAUAACUCCGAAUUACACGGAACACUGUCUUUACCACGGCCAGGUGAGGGGUUAUCAGGACUCUUGGCUGGCAGUCAGUCUCUGCUCUGGCCUCAGCGGGAUUGUGGUCGUGGACACGAAUGACAGUUACUACUUGCAGCCAAUCAGAGACAGAGAUAGUCAACAUCACAUCAUCUAUAGGACAGAACAUCUACCAAUCAGGACAGGAUCCUGUGGACACCACCUCAACAGCCAAUCAGGAAUCGACAUGGUCAAUGAGCUUGUUCAUCAACAUCUCAGGGUGAGAGUCACAUCACCAGGGAGGUGA